AUGUUCAUAAAAACUACUGGUAACAAUGCAAUAACGCUUGAACGAUAUCAACAAAUUCGAUUGGGGUGGACACGUGAUCAAGUGACACAAUUUGUUGGUAGUCCUGGAGAAUUGAUUAUUCCAGAAGAACCAAUAUCACCAUCUAAUCGAGGUAAUAUUAUGGUUCAAUAUCAAGGCUCAAUACUAUCAAACGUAUUAGAAAGAGAGUCUACGGUGAUAUUUUCAUUUAAUAAUGGGAUUCUUUGGAAAAAGAACCAAAAACUACUUGAUCUAACAUCAAAUUAUAUAAUCACAAGAGAACGUUAUAAUCAAAUACAAGCUGGUUGGACAUAUGAUCAAGUAAGAUCAACUAUUGGAAGUAGAGGAAAUGUUAUACAAGAAGCAAACAUUUGGCCAAAUAUAACAUUAAUGACUGUUCUAUAUCAAGGCGAAGGCCAAGAAGGAGUUGAAAGUAUUGGUUAUAUUCAACUUGGAUUUUGGGAUGGAAAAUUACAAUCCAAACCAGGAUAUGAAUGGGUGGCUGUCAGUCCAACUAUUCGUAGUUCCACUCAUAUAUCUAGAACAAAUGCCCUUCUACCAAAUGAUCGAAUAACGUUUCAACAAUACCAACAAAUUCAAUUUGGAUGGACACGUGAUCAAUUAACGCAGUACGCUGGUAGUCCAGGAUAA